AUGGAGAGUUUUAAGCACGUCUUCCUAAUUCCCUCGGAUGGGGAGUUAGCUCCCACAGACGGAGGCUUGCACACAGCAGCCUGGGGUGAAUGCACAGCGGGAGAGGCUAACGGCACCAGCCGCAGCAGCAGCAGCGGCACAACCACAAGCAGCACACUUGCUGCUGCCGCCGCAGCAAUGGUGUCCUGCGGGGUCGGGGAGGAGGCCAAUGAGCAGCGCCUCUUAGGGGGAGGCGUCCAGACAGCGACGGAACAAGUAGCAGCAGCAGCAGCAGCAGCAGCUGCUGCUGCUGCUGUAGCAGCAACAAGAACAGAGGGAGGCCCUCUUGUUUGCAGCGGGGGGGAGCAAGGACUGGCAGUGGAAGCUCCACGCUCGCUCCGACUACCGGACGUAGAGGAGCUACUGCUCUCUCGACCUGCAGGAGUGCAGCCGCAGGUGCAGCAGCAGGUGCAACAGCAGGUGCAGCAGCAGGUGCAGCGACAGCAGCAGGAGGUGCUUCUCGAGCAGCUGCUGCAGCAGACAGCAGACCAGCAAGGCCAGCAUUGCCACAAGGAGGGAGUGCAGAAUCAGCAGCAGCCCCUAGCUGCAGCUGUCCUUUCCAGGAGUAAUUCGGGCCAGCAGCACGGGAUGGGGAGACGUGCGCAUGCAGACGGGUUGGGUUCUUCGAAGCAUUCAUCGGGCCGAGGGCGUCAGGGGGAGAAGAACGGGACGGGAAACAGAGGGCAGACAGUAACAAAUGGGGAAGCCGAAAGCCACUUGGCCCUGCAGACGGCUCUGGUCACGAUGCUCCACCUACAGGCUCAGGGGGGAUUGCAGCGUAAACCUGUCUUCCCUAAAAGGAAUUUGAUGUGUCUGAGUUUCUUGCGACUGGGUGCCUGCCCCAACCGGGAGAGCUGCAACUACGCGCAUACUAUGGGGGAGUUGCAGAAGAAGCUGGAGCUGAGGAAGACGUCUCUGUGCAAGUAUUGGCUCAAGGGGAAGUGCGAGAACGAGGAUUGCAACUUCGCACACGGCGAGCACGAGCUCCAGUCGACUGUGGGCGUCUUCAAGACCACCAUUUGCAAGUACUGGAGACAGGGGUGCUGCUACAGCGGAGAGUUGUGCAGACACGCUCAUGGAGACGCAGACCUACGGCCUGAGAACCUGCCGCCGCACUUGGAGAGGAAGAAGCAGCUGCAACAGCAGUGUAGGCUGUCGGGCCGUAACGGGUCGCAGCGUAAGGACCGAGCGGCAGCAGCGGCAGCAGCGGCAGCAGCGGCGGCAGCGGUAGCAGCUGGCUCGGCAACUGCUGGCGCGACAGCAACUGGCGCGACAGCAACUGGCGCAACAGCAACUUGUGCUACAACAACUGGCGCGACGGCAGGUGGAGCGGCAGCGGCAGGAGCGGCAGCAAGUAGCGUAGCCGCAACAGGCGCAGUUGCAACAGGAGCACCAGCGGGGAGCGCCACAGGAGGCGAUGGGGAGCCCCUCGGGGAUGGCGGGGAGAGGGUGAAGGAGCCCACAGAGGCCACCCUGGAUCGCUUGCGACAGGUCAUAUGCGGCGGUAUACUUUCCGAAGCGCGAUCAAGCAUAGCGGCCUCUUCUUUAGAUUCACUGUUAGCAGAGGUGAACACCUUAAAACGCUGGGAUACCCAGGGCUCAACUAGUUCCGACCUGUCGACCGAUAUUUUGCAGUCGUCUGCAUCUGAGUCGCCACGCUGCUCGCCUGCUAGCAGUAGCAACGGCCUCUGCUCUGCAUCCCUAUGGAAUCUAUCUCCUGAGCAUAACCUUUGCGCACCCUCCUCCACCACAGCACCAACAGCCUCAGGGGCAGCAGCAGCGGCGCUACCAGAAGGGAAACUGGCCCCAGCACCAGCAAUAGGAGUGUUGGUGGGGAGGGGUAGGGGAUGUGGCCCCAUGCAGCAAGGUGGAGAGCAGGGUUCUGGCCCCUGCUUGUCGCGGUGUACAGAGAAUCCAUUCUCAUUCGACAGCUCGGAACUGGCAGGAGCGGAGGCGGUGAUGCAGUCCGAACGCAAUUUUUUUCAAAGUCCGAGGCGCAGCACAGAGCCAGCGUUUAAGACGGAGGCCCUAGCCGACAUACAGCAGGCCUUGGGGGCGUACAUGAAGUCGUACUCUUCUGUGCAGCUACAGACCUCCCUGUCUGGGGGACCAUCGGUAGGGCUGUCUGCGCCUCCAGGCCUUGAGGAGAUGCACGCCGGGAGGGAAGGAGGGUUUGCAGAGGCAGCACACUGCCGCCUCUCAACGAGCCGGCGCGAUUCCGACGAGCUGGAGGACAGCAACAUGGAGCUGUGGCAAUGCAAGGAAAAUGACCUUUUUUCGUUGUCUUCGCGAACGACUGCCCUAGGAGGCAGCGGCGCAGAGGAAGCAGACAACAGCUGGUCAGCAGCAGCUUGGUGA